AAAGUUGUCGUCGAUGUUGUGGCCUUUCUGGAGAAGGAGUGCUCAUCGAGGGGACUUCAUGUGGCUGCAGCAGCUAUGACUGGCGAUUGGAACAUUGAUGGCACUGGCAGAGAUCAUGGGGCGCGCGCUAAAGUAGUAGAACAAAUGUAA